CAGCCAGUCAACAUCAUACCCACAUAGCAUGGCGUCGACCAAGGUGUUCGGCGGGUACCAUGCCAUCGCGCUACCGCUGCCGCACAGCUCGUUCCAGCGUUUCAUCUACGCCAAGCAGCACGACGCCAAGCCUGGUUCUCAUACUGAGUCCGUUCUCGCCACUGGUCGCACCGCGUACGUUGUGAAUCUGCCUGUUCAUGCGUCUGAGAAAUGGCUGCGCGCGUGUUUGGAGCCUCUGGGCGCCAUCCAGCACGUCGUAGCGGGAUCAGGAGGUCUAUUCGACGAAGAAGACGAGGAAGAAGAUGAUUUAAAUGAAAACGCGGUCAACCGCACGGCCCACGUAGUGUUUAAAACCGAGGAAUCGCUGGACAAGAUGCUACAGGCGGACGCUCUGGAGACGCCUGCACCGAGUAAACCCUGUGGACUGCAAGCGUAUGCGGCCAAGUACCGUCGCAACCGUCCGGGAUUAUCGGUGAUCAAGGAGAUGACAGACCGCUACAUGGCGUCGUUCGACGAGAUGGAGGCGGAAGACUUGCGUCGUCGCGAGGAGCUGAAGAGCCAGGUGGAUGACGACGGAUUCCAAACGGUAGUAAACACCAAGAAGCGCGGUAUUGUGCAGACGGAGGAGGUGCUGGCCAGACCUGCCAAGAAGCAGAAGAGCAAGGAGCUCGACAACUUUUACAGGUUCCAGACGCGCGAGAAGAAGCGAGAUCAACUCAAAACACUUCGUGAACGGUUUGAAGAGGAUCGUCAGCUGGUAGAGAAGAUGAAGAAGGCCAACAAGUUCAGACCCGAGUAAAGCCAUAUCUCUCAACAAGUGACUCUUUUUACGUAGACGAUACCACAGUCUUCAGUGCCAGUAGCCAUCAUAUCUCUUUAGAUCUUGACCACGUUGUCGUAGAGCGGUACGUCGCCAGCCUCGGAGAAAUACUCGAGGAACUCACGCACCUUGGUGGGCCACUCGACGCCCUUGACGAGCGUAAGACCGCGCAGACGACCGAACAGAUCCAGAUCGUCGUAGCUCAGCUCGGCGUUGACCGAGUGGUUCGAGUGCAGCAUAAGCUCGAGUUCCUUGAGCAGCUGGUUGACCUGCUUAACGAUCUCCGGGGACUUAGCGAGGUUCUCGCUAAACGAGCCGAAGCUCUUCUCCUUC